AUGGUUGUCCGGGGCUCUGUUUGGCUGUGGGUGUGUGUGAGUGUGUGUGUGAGUGUGAUGUGUGUGUGUGUACUGUGUCAGAGGGAGAGUUUGGUAGCUGCUCCCCCCCAAAGCAGAUGUGAGGAGGGGUGCAGCGAGAUGACACCCCCAAAAACACAACACACACACUCGCACACACGGGACAUACGGCCAAGGAAAACACAGGAGACCAGACAGAGAGAGACACAGGUAUCUGAUGUGUCUGAUCGUCUGCUCCAGCUGCAGUACUGUAUGCAGCUGCGUGACCCAGGGGUCAAAGGUCAGGGCCAGGGUGCAGACUCCCUGGUGGGCAUUUUGGCUCUGAUGGCCGCUGUUCUGACAGAGUGUGACUUACACUGCCACAGCCAGAGACUCAGAGACAUGGCUGCUAGACUGGAAGGGGCGGCAGUGGAAAAGGGAGGAGAGAAAGACUUGUUCCUGUUGCUGAAGAGCAUCACGCUGUCAGACCCUCCAAAACAAACACUUAACACUCCGACAGUGGCUCCAUCUGGUCUCCUUUACCCCCAUGACUGUAGUGAAAUUUAUCGAUUGGGAAUCAAAGAAAAUGGAAUUUAUACAAUCCAGCCAGACCCACAGCAACCAGCACGGGAGGCUGUGUGUGAUAUGGAGUCAGCUGGUGGGGGAUGGACGGUGUUCCAGAGGCGCUUUGAUGGACAGGUGGACUUUAACCGGACAUGGCAGGAAUACCGGGAUGGAUUCGGAACGCCGCAGGUGGAACACUGGCUUGGGAAUGCCGUUCUGCAUGCACUGACUGCAACCGGACAACAUUCACUCCGCAUCACACUGCAAGACUGGCACCAUCAGACCCGUCACGCAAACUAUGAGUACUUCAGAGUAUCAUCAGAGAACCAGAGGUUCCGGCUGACGGCUCGUGAUUACCAUGGCGACGCUGGGAAUGCUCUUAGUUACAGUAAACGUUAUCACCACGAUGGCAGGGCUUUCAGCACGUACGACCAAGACCAUGACCGUUACGUUAACGGGAACUGUGCGCACUACUACGGCGCUGGCUGGUGGUAUGACGCCUGUUUGGCCGCCAAUCUGAACGGAAGAUUUUACCGCGGGCGCUACGCCGGCAUCACGGACGGAAUCUACUGGGGCACCUGGUACAUACUCACGGAUAGCCGCACGGGAGAGAGGUAUUCAUUCAAGAGUGUGGAGAUGAAGACUCGGCCGAGAUUGACCUAA